UUGGAUAUAUUGGGGUUACUGAAGACAAAGACGCUGAAUACAUUGGGGUUACUGAAGAUAUCAAAGAUGCUGAAUACAUUGAUGAUACUGAUGUUAGAAACUCGAAAAAGCUGGUGAUUUUAGAAGUUCCUCUGGCAGCAUUGGCAAGAAUACCAGAAGUCUUAUUCACGCCGCUUCGUCGUCAGUUCCUUCCUGAG